UCCACACCCAUCACCACCUCUACAGACACCACACCCGCCAGCACCACUGGAACCUCAACACCCACUACAACCACCAUGACCACCAGCACCUCUACAAGCCCCACAACCACCAGCACCUCUACUACAACCUUGGGAACAAGCACCUUUCCUUCCUCCACACCCAUCACCACCUCUACAGACACCACACCCGCCAGCACCACUGGAACCUCAACACCCACUACAACCACCAUGACCACCAGCACCUCUGAAAGCCCCACAACCACCAGCACCUCUACUACAACCUUGGGAACAAGCACCUUUCCUUCCUCCACACCCAUCACCACCUCUACAGACACCACACCCACCAGCACCACUGGAACCUCAACACCCACUACAACCACCAUGACCACCAGCACCUCUCAAAGCCCCACAACCACCAGCACCUCUACUACAACCUUGGGAACAAGCACCUUUCCUUCCUCCACACCACUCACCACCUCUACAGACACCACACCCGCCAGCACCACUGGAACCUCAACACCCACUACAACCACCAUGACCACCAGCACCUCUCAAAGCCCCACAACCACCAGCACCUCUACUACAACCUUGGGAACAAGCACCUUUCCUUCCUCCACACCCAUCACCACCUCUACAGACACCACACCCACCAGCACCACUGGAACCUCAACACCCACUACCACACCCAUCACCACCUCUACAGACACCACACCCACCAGCACCACUGGAACCUCAACACCCACUACAACCACCAUGACCACCAGCACCUCUGAAAGCCCCACAACCACCAGCACCUCUACUACAACCUUGGGAACAAGCACCUUUCCUUCCUCCACACCCAUCACCACCUCUACAGACACCACACCCACCAGCACCACUGGAACCUCAACACCCACUACAAUUUCAAUGGUCUCCACACCCAUCACCACCUCUACAGACACCACACCCACCAGCACCACUGGAACCUCAACACCCACUACAACCACCAUGACCACCAGCACCUCUCAAAGCCCCACAACCACCAGCACCUCUACUACAACCUUGGGAACAAGCACCUUUCCUUCCUCCACACCCAUCACCACCUCUACAGACACCACACCCGCCAGCACCACUGGAACCUCAACACCCACUACAACCACCAUGACCACCAGCACCUCUGAAAGCCCCACAACCACCAGCACCUCUACUACAACCUUGGGAACAAGCACCUUUCCUUCCUCCACACCCAUCACCACCUCUACAGACACCACACCCACCAGCACCACUGGAACCUCAACACCCACUACAACCACCAUGACCACCAGCACCUCUCAAAGCCCCACAACCACCAGCACCUCUACUACAACCUUGGGAACAAGCACCUUUCCUUCCUCCACACCCAUCACCACCUCUACAGACACCACACCCACCAGCACCACUGGAACCUCAACACCC